GUGGCAAAACACAACACGUUCAAGAUAAAUUACGUCAAGAAAUUCUGGAUGUUUUGAAGAAACACGAUGGUCAAGUUACAUAUGAAGCCAUAAUGGAGAUGCAAUAUCUAGAACAAGUUCUUUAUGGAGAUGCUGUAGUGAUACCAUUGUAUUCAAUUCAACGUGAUCCAGAAUACUAUCCAGAUCCUGAAAAGUUUGACCCGGAACGAUUUAGUGAUGAAGAAAAGGCAUCCAGGCAUUCAUACGCCUUCUUAACUUUUGGUGCAGGACCAAGAAUGUGUUUAGGAAUGAGAUUUGCACUUCUGCAAAUGAAGGUGGCAUUGAUGUCUGCUGUUAAAAGCUUCGAAUUAUCUGUUAAUCCAAAAACAAAGGAACCAUUAGAAUUAGAUAAUAAGUCAUUUAUCAUAAGAGUGAAAGAUGAUGUUUUUCGUGCUAAUCGCGACAGCCUUGGCGCUGUUUCUGGGGUACAUAUGGCACCUUGGAGGUCACUGGGCCAGAAGGAAAGUACCAGCACCAGAACCUAG